AUGUUUGAUCGACAGGAACACACAGACGGACUACAAGAUGUGCGUUUAGAAUUGCUACCAGGGGAAAACCUAGACGCAUAUGAUUCCUCUUCGACACACAAACAUAAAGACCAUGUAUCGACACAGACUCACCCGAUUUCCACCUUGCGUGACUCCAACCCAAAUUCAGCGCCAUACGAAUAUCUACAAAACGUCAAGGAAACUAGAGCACCAAGCGAUGCACACACAACAGCCUGGGAGUUACUAUCCGAGUGGUAUAUCUGGGAAGUACUGGCUGUAAUCGUAUCGGCAGGUACCCUGGUUGCAAUGCUCGCCAUUCUUGGCGCAUUCAAUAAAAAACCGCAACCCGGGUGGAAGCUCAUGUCACUAAACUCCCUCAUUUCCUGGCUGAGCACCAUUUCGAAAGGGUGCAUUUUAUUUGCGAUCAACGAGACGCUGGGUCAGCUAAAAUGGGUGUGGUUUACGCAAAAGACACGGCCAGUGCCGAAUCUCCGAAGCUUUGAUACAGCUAGUAGAGGGUUCUGGGGGAGCGCUCAGUUGAUUUGGGAACUAAGAGGCCGGCAUUUCGCUGCCCUUGGGGGCCUUGCUGUUAUUUUGGCGCUGGCUUUGGAUCCUUUUGCUCAAAAUCUAGUCCGCUACUACGAGCAAAUGGUAGUGGAUCCCUCUCAAACAGCUUUGCUAGCAAAUACUACAAUAUACAAAACCAGAGGACCAUACAUGAACGGGGGCCUUUUAUAUGUGGACCCAGUGCUGAAAGCAAACGUGUAUAAUUCACUAUUUAAUACUGACAAGCAGGUGCCAUGGUCUGUAGCUCAAUAUACCUGCAGCUCGAACAACUGCACCUGGGGCCCUGUGGCAUCCCUAGAGUACCGUGCCUUGUGCGCCAACGUGACAGACAGCCUUAAUAUAACGGCCAAAGAACUAACAUCAGGAGGUUAUCAAGGAGCAGUGAAUAUUUCACUCGGUCUCCCAAACAGUACCAUAGGAGCUUGGUUCCUGCUCAAUAUGACUGUCGGCGUGGCGGUCACCACUUCGCCAGUCCAUCCGCAAAAUGCCUUGGUGUACAAAAAUGGGACGACAGUGAUUCAGUACAUUGCACCGUAUGGGAUCACAAGCUUAGAAGGUGAUAAGUUUGCAAUACCGGGAUUCACCACAUCCACUUCUUGGUUGGCAACGGAAUGCUCCUUGGAGCCAAUGGUUCGGAGCUUUAAUGCGUCUGUGAACAACAGUGCGUACAGUGAGACGACAAUAGCAACUUGGUCAAACCAAGACACUCAAGUGGUUAACGGCACCUCAGUACGGGCCUUACAGCCACCAUGGGGUUCUGAAAUGGGCACUCAACCAAACCAGACGUUCCAGAUAUAUAGUGAGUCUCUAGCAUCGAUUAACGAAUUCCUCACCGAGCUCUUCACUGGAAAUGCGUAUGGAGAUAAUACAGGGAUGGGGAGGCUUCUAUUUCGCACCGAUAGUAGUCAAAUUUAUGCCGCCUUGGAUGUUAUCCAGACCCUCACUAUGGGCAAUAUCACUGGCUGUGGAUUCGAAGCAGCGGAAAAGCUGUCUUGCAGUAUGAACAACGUUGCGGCAGCAAUUUCAAAGACACUACGCGAUUCUGAGUUUAUCUCUGCAGACUCAAAUCCGAGCCAGGCAAACAUGACCUCUGGGCAUGCAAUGUCUCUCGUCACUCACGUUACCGUGCGUUGGGAAUGGAUUGUAUUGUCGAUUCUUGUGUGGCUUUUGGGGACUAUCAUGCUGAUUGGGACAAUCUGGAAGACUCGGCAAGAACAUGCGCCCAAAUGGAAGAAUGACCCCUUGCCCCUGCUUUUCCUUUACCAGGCUGAGCAAAAGGGAUUGCUAGCUGAACAAGACGUUUUCAAGCACCCGCAUGGGCUAAAGUUUCGACUCCAUGGAAAUAGUAACGUGACAGACGAAGGGGGUGGGAAUGCAGUGAAGAGUCGCACUUAUACGUUCAAUGCGUGA